AUGGCAGCUGAAACAGUGUUAAAAUCCACAUACAUGGAUGAUUCAAUCGACAGUGUUGAUACAGAAGAAGAGGGAAUCGAGUUAUAUCAACAACUGGAUGGUUUAUGGAGCUUAGAAGGUAUGAAAGCAAGAAAGUGGAUAUCAAAUUCUUCCAAGGUCAUUUCAGCUACCCCAGAGGAAGAUCGUGCAACUGAAUUCAAUCUAGGUGGCCAGAAAGAUCCUGUAGUAAAAACACUUGGACUUUCGUGGAAGAGCAAAGAGGAUGUGCUAUCCAUUGCUACUGCGGAAGUACCACCAGAUAUAUCGUUGACUAAACGGAAUGUGUUGAAAAAAAUUGCUACCGUAUUCGAUCCGCUCGGUUUUGCAAGUCCAUACGUGGUUGUGGCCAAGAUUCUCCUGCAAGAAUUAUGGACGAGAGGUUAUGAUUGGGACGAAGUUAUUCUGGACGAAAUUGGAGACAAAAUUAUGCAAUGGUUCCAACAGUUGGAGAGUUUGGCGGGUAUACGAGUUCAAAGGUGUCUUCGCGAAAUGAAGAAAGUUGUAAUGAAGAAAGUGAUCACCUUCGUUGAUGCAUCCAUCCAGGCGUAUGGGACAGUGGUUUAUUUAUUGUGCGAGUAUGAUGACGGGACAGCGAGUAGCCGGAUUAUCGCGUUUAAGACUAAGGUCGCACCAUUAAAACCUAUAACGGUGCCAAGGCUGGAGCUGAUGGCCGCGAUACUUGGUCUUCGUUUAGCACAGAACAUUAUUCGUACUUUAGAAAUACCAGUCCAGACGGUAUUGUUCUUCUCAGACAGCAAAGAUGUGUUAUGGUGGGUGCGAGGUUGCGGGCGUGAUUUCCGACCGUUUGUGGCAAAUCGUGUAGGAGAAAUACAAAUGGAAACUGAACCAUGGCAAUGGCAAUAUGUACCAACUGAGCAAAACCCAGCAGAUCUGUGCACACGGGGAGCAAGUCCAUCUGAGCUCAAGAAUAGUCCUUUGUGGUGGAAUGGACCUUCAUGGUUGCUCGAAGAUCAGGCUAAGUGGCCAAAGAUGGAUGUCGGAAGUCGUCCAGUUAAGUUGCCGGAAACGAAAGCUUCAAAAGAGGAACUCAAAGAAAAGGGGAAUUCGACUUUUACCACUCGGCAAGGCAGGUGUUCAAAACAGCAGCCGACCGAACAGCAGAUAACGAAUGACGAAUGGCAACUCGACUCGAAACGUUUUUCAAGUUGGAUACGACUCGUACGGUUACACGCCAGAGUGAAGAGAGUAGUGCACAACAUGAAGAACGGUGCUGAAAAGCAUUGCAGCAAGGAACUAAUUCCAGACGAAAUCCGAGAUGCGGAGGAAGACAUCAUCCGUCAGGCGCAAAAGGAGGCUUUUGUAGAGGAAUAUGCAAUGUUACAGAAAAAGAAACCUGUCUCACAACGAAGCAUUCUGUCCAAGCUUAACCCCGUACUCGAUGAACAAGGAAUUAUUCGUUCGGACAGUCGCUUGAGAUAUGCAGAGUAUCUACCCUAUCAUGUUCGAUUUCCUAUAAUACUACCUAGAGGCCACUGGACGACGAAACUGAUUGUCAAAUAUCAUCACGAGAUGGCGAAUCAUGACGCAGGCACCAACUUCGUGUUAUCCCAGAUUAAUCAGAAAUACUGGAUUAUCGCUGCCCGUGAAGAAAUCAGAGAAUGGGAAAGAACCUGUAACGAGUGUAAGAAACGCAAGAACAAAGCAGCAACGCAGAUCAUGGCUCCUUUACCCUCAAGACGGACUCGCUUGACAUACCGUGCAUUCGACCAAGCAGCGGUGGAUUACGCUGGACCCAUUCAGACUAUCCAGGGCAGGGGAAAGAAACGACUAAAGCGUUGGUUGUGUGUAUUUACAUGUACGGCUACGAGGGCCAUACAUCUGGAAGUGGCGUUUGGUUUGGACACUGAUAGUUUUCUCAAUGCUUUCGAAAGAUUCACGAGCAGACGAGGAAUACCAUCGGAGAUAAUAAGUGAUAACGGAACAAACUUCGUGGGGGCUGUUAGCGAGUUAAAAGAGUUGGCGAAUAAGUUGGACAAGGAAAAGAUUCAAAGAUUUACGGCGCACAAGAAUGUCAAAUGGGUUUUCAACCCUCCUGCCGCCCCACACUUUGGUGGAGUUUUUGAGAGCAUGGUGAAGACAGCAAAAAGAGCAUUGUACGCGGUGUUGGGAAACAGUGACGUAACGGACGAGGAGUUAAUAGACAGAUUUAGAUAG